AGACUUCAUGACUAGGUGCGCUAGGUAAAUUACAUCAUACGGAUUUUUUUUCCGUUGUGGGACUACUAACAGACAACAUGAUGCCGUUUGGCAACCACAUCACCGUAUGUGUGCUGAUUCUGACGACAUUUGGACCGUUAGGAUCAAUAGGACAGACCUGUGGAGGAACUCUGAACGAAGACACUACGACUAGGAACUUCACAUCUCCCAACUACCCAGAACGACUCUCAGCGGACGUCACGUGUGAAUGGAUUAUCGAAGAACCUAUGGGUCAAGUUCAACUGCAGUUUCAGGACUUUGAUUUCCCACCUACAGUAUUUGGGUGUUCUGACUUUAAUCCAUUCCUGUCCAUUUAUGAUGGUUCAACAGCAUCAGCCCCAUCCCUGGGACAGUACUGUGGAGAUGAGAAUGAUAUUUAUGCUCCACCAGGCGUGGUAGUAUCAUCUUCAGGGUCACUGCGUGUCCACUUUUAUUCUGGAAACUUCGGUGGACUCUUACCUGGACAAGGCUUCGCUGCCACGUUUUCUUUCCAAGGUGAUGUAGAUCAUUGUGCAUCGUCGCCCUGUACCAACGGAGGGACAUGUGUGAAUGCACCUAACGGUUUCCAGUGCCUGUUGUCGCGAACAUCAUGCAUGCUGCCACUGGGGAUGGCAAGUGGUGACAUUGAAGACAGUCAGAUCUCAGCAUCAACAGAGAGGACUGGGUACGAGGCUUACAAAGGUCGACUGAACGGUCCCCGUGCCUGGCAGGCAGACGUCGCCAACACUAACCAGUGGUUACAGGUCAACUUUAACACCAGAACCAUCAUCACCGGGAUCCAGACACAGGAAUACGACCACUGUGCCUCGUUGCCCUGUAGUAACGGAGGGACAUGUGUGAAUGGACCUGUCAGUUUCCAGUGCCUGUGCCCCCCGGAGUAUGUGGGAACACAGUGUCAAGUAUUGAAGUCAUUGUGCUCCCUGCCCCUGGGGAUGGCAAGUGGUGACAUUGAAGACAGUCAGAUCUCAGCAUCAACAGAGAGGACUGGGUACGAGGCUUACAAAGGCCGGUUGAACGGUCCCCGUGCCUGGCAGGCAGACGUCGCCAACACUAACCAGUGGUUACAGGUCAACUUUAACAACAGAACCAUCAUCACCGGGAUCCAGACACAGGGUUUGUGGGGAGGGCAUGUCAAGAGCUACAGACUUCUCUACGGAGCGACAGAGGACGGUCUGUUGAUGUACAAAGACACCGGGUCCAACAUUGACAAGGUUUUUGACGCUAAUUCUGAUGGUUCAGCAGUGGUCAGUCAUGUCCUUGAAGUACCGGUCACUACGUCCAUCGUGCGAGUAAACCCUCAGGACUUCACGGCCAACUUGAUACGUCUCCGUAUAGAGAUGCUAGGAUGUGAGGCUUCCACGUCAAAGAAGACCAACAUACCACUUCCAGUAGAAACCACGAAACCUGACUUGAUCAAGACAACGAAGACUCUUUGGAAACAUACCACAUCGGCUGAAGAUGGUGGUAAGGCUGAACAGUCAGGCGACAGUGGAGGAGGAGGAGGUAACACCGCGGUGUUCGCUGCUGCAGGAGCCGCAGGAGGAGUAGCGGUCCUGGUCGGAGUGGGAGUCUCUAUCUUCAUCUGCAGAAGACGCGGAAGUACAUGCAUGAUUCGGGUGUUGUCAGAGAGCUACACUACUUCGUCGUGGCACGUGUUUAACAAUCGUGCGAUGGUGAAGGAAUACCGGCGGAACAAAAUGAUCUCAUCUGGCAAAAUCCUCGUUGUAAGAGUUCUGAUGCUGGUGGCAUUCGGGGCGUUAGGGUCAAUGGGGCAGAACUGUGGAGGAACUCUAAACAAAGACAGUCCGACAAGAAACUUUACAUCUCCCAACUACCCUAGACCAGUACAAGAUGGCGUCACUUGUGACUGGAUCAUCGAAGCACCCAUGGGUCAAGUUCAUCUGCAGUUUGACGACUUCAUUUUCGCGCCAGCAGUAUUUGGGUGUUCUGACUUUAACGCGUUUGUGUCAGUGUAUGACGGUUCGUCCACAUCAUCCCCAUCACUAGGGCGGUACUGUGGAGAUGAGAUCGGGAACUUCGCGCCUCCAGACGUGAUACAGUCAUCUUCAGGGUCUUUGUUCGUCCGCUUCUACUCGGGAACCUUCGUUGGUCUUACAUCUGGACAAGGAUUUGUUUCAACUUUUUCUUUCCCAGACCACGCUGACUGUACUGACGUGGUGUGUCAGAACGGAGGGACGUGCACAGACACACCGAGUGGAUACAGCUGCUUCUGUGCUGCUGGGUUCACUGGUUUGCAGUGUGAAACAGAAAACGUCGACUACUGCGCAUCGUCUCCUUGUACUAACGACGGGACAUGUGUGAAUGUACUUGGCGGUUUCCAGUGCGAGUGCACGUCAGAGUAUGUUGGGACACAAUGCCAAGUGUUAAAAUCCUCAUGCUUGAUGCCUCUGGGGAUGGAAAGUGGCUACAUUGAAGACAGCCAGAUCUCAGCAUCAACAGAGAAGACUGGGUACGAGGCUUACAAAGGCCGACUGAACGGCCCCCGUGCCUGGCAGGCAAACAUCGCUAACACUAACCAGUGGUUACAGGUCAACUUUACCACCAGAACCAUCAUCACCGGGAUCCAGACACAGGGUUUGUGGGGAGGCCAUGUCAAGAGCUACAGGCUUCUCUACGGAGAUGCAGAGGACGGCCUGUCGGUGUAUAAAGAACCUGGUUCGGACGGUAGCAAGGUCUUCGAUGCAAAUUCCGAUGGGGUGACAGUGGUCAGUCACGACCUUGACGUGCCGAUCAUCGCGUCUAUCGCACGAGUGAAUCCACAAAGCUUUACUAACAACCUCCUACGUCUCCGAAUGGAGUUGCUGGGAUGUGAAGAACCAGCUCUCCCAUUGACAACCCAACCAGCAACUACGACACCUAGUACUACAACAGUCCAGUCCACAGCCAUGCCUACAACCCAUGCAACAACAACAGAAGACGUGUCAACGGUUGCACAAACUACAUCCGCUUCACCAACAACACAGCCUGCUACAACAUCAGUUGCCACAACAUCUGCAACAACGCAACCGACUCUCCCUCCAUCUACACAAUCUAGGACAACUGAAAUGCCUACAACAAGUAUGAGCCAGACUACAACCGACUUGACAACAGUCAUUCCAUCAUCUCCUCUUGCUGUCUCAACAACAAUGACAUCUACAAAUGAAACAACAGAUGCGCAAACAUUGACGACAUUGGAAAUAUCUACCGAGACAAGAUCGACAUCAACAACUCCUACGGUUGAAACAUCAGGGACAACAAUGAUAAUAACUCCAUCAUCUUCUUGGACGAUGCCUGGAGUAGAAACUACUGAGGAAACAACAGUGCCACAUGCAAUAACUCAUACAGCAACAGCAACAACGACUAUGGUUGAAACAUCAGGAACAACAAUGGUACCAACUACAACAACUGCUGCAACGACACCUGGAUUAGACACUACUGAUGUAACAACAACUUCAGAAGCCACUGCAGCAACCACAGCAACAACGACGGCUAUGGCUGAAACGUCAGGAACAACAAUGGUGCCGAAUCCAACAACUGCUGCAACAACACCUGGAUUAGACACUACUGAGGUAACAACAACUGCAGAGGCCACUGCAACAACCACAGCGACGUCUACGACUUUGGUUGAAACAUUAGGAACAACAAUGGCACCAACUCCAACAACUGCUGCAACAACGCCUGGAGUGGACACUACCGAGGCAACAACAGUGGCACAUACAACAACUGCAGUAACCACAGCAGCAGCAUCAACUACACCAAUGUUAGAAACGUCACAGAUAGCAAAGGCAUCAACACCUGUGGCAACGACAAAAUCGACAUCACCAAUGGUGGAAACGUCUGCAAAAGUAACAACUGUAAAAACGUAUGUCCACACAACGACAACAGAGGAUUCCACACCGAUGAAAACCAACAUACCUCUACCUAAAACUACAAAAACUGAUCCGAAGAAGACAACGGCUAGUCUUUCCAAAUACACUACAACGGCUAAAGAUGGCGACAAGGAAUCACAGACAGGCGACAGUGGAGGAGGAGGUAACACCGUGGUGUUCGCUGCUGCAGGAGCCACAGGAGGAGUAGCGGUGCUGGUCGGGGUGGGAGUCACUGUCUUCAUCUGCAGAAGGCGCAGAAGGGAUUCUGACGCUUGUCGAGUACCGAUGGAACGUCUUGGAACGAAAAGCAUUGAUUCUAAACCAGAUAGCACCAGUGCUGAAGUGGCCAUAGGAAACCCCCUCUAUGGAGCAAUGGACGAGCCCAAUAAAGUGAGCCUUGCCGUGAAUGACAGCUUUUGCAGUGUUCGAGGGAGACAAGGGAAAAUGACUCCGUAUGGCAGUUACGUUUUACUAGUGGUGCUGAUGCUGGAGAACCCAGCACUACAAGGUUCGAUGGGACAGACCUGUGGAGGAACCCUUAACAGAGACAGUCCGACACGGAACAUCACAUCUCCCGACUACCCAAACCCGAUCCAAGCACUGAUCACCUGUGACUGGAUCAUUGAAGCACCCACGGGUCAAGUUCAGCUACGGUUUGAAGAAUUUAGUUUCUUCCAGACCAUGCGUUGUACUACGUCAGAGCCAACUGUGUCAAUAUUUGAUGGUUCAUCUAUAUCAGACCCAUCACUAGGGCGGUACUGUGGAAAUGAGAAUGGGAACUUAGCGCCACCAGACGUGACAGUGUCGUCCUCAGGGUCUCUGUUAGUUCAUUACUACUCGGGAAGAUACGGUGGAGCAGGAGUAGCGGGAGAGGGCUUUAUCGCUACGUUUUCUUUCCCAGGCGUAGUGGACUGUGCAUCUUCGCCGUGUACUAACGGAGGGACAUGUGUGAACAGACCUGACGGUUUCCUAUGCCUGUGCCUGCCGGAGUAUGUCGGCACGCGGUGUGAAGAUACGGCCGGCGUCGACCACUGUGCCUCGUCGCCUUGUACUAAUGCAGGGACAUGUGUGAACGGACCCGACAGUUUCCAAUGCCUGUGCCCGCCGGAAUAUGUCGGCACGCGGUGUGAAGAUGCGGCCGGCGUCGACCACUGUGCCUCGUCACCUUGUACUAAUGUAGGAACAUGCGUGAACGGACCCGACAGUUUCCAAUGCCUGUGCCCACCGGAGUAUGUCGGCACGCGGUGUGAAGAUGCGGCCGGCGUCGACCACUGUGCCUCGUCACCUUGUACUAAUGCAGGGACAUGUGUGAACGGACCCGACAGUUUCCAAUGCCUGUGCCCACCGGAGUAUGUCGGCACGCGGUGUGAAGAUGCGGCCGGCGUCGACCACUGUGCCUCGUCACCUUGUACUAAUGUAGGGACAUGUGUGAACGGACCCGACAGUUUCCAAUGCCUGUGCCCGCCGGAGUAUGUCGGAACAUUAUGUCAAGUGUCAAAAUCGUCAUGCUUGCUGCCACUGGGGAUGGAAAACGGUGACAUCGAAGACAGUCAGAUCUCAGCAUCAACAGAGAAGACUGGGUACGAGGCUUACAAAGGCCGGCUGAACGGUCCCCGUGCCUGGCAGGCAGACGUCGCCAACACUAACCAGUGGUUACAAGUCAACUUUAACAACAGAACCAUCAUCACCGGGAUCCAGACACAGGGUUUGUGGGGAGGGCAUGUCAAGAGCUACAGGCUUCUCUACGGGGAUAAAGAGGACGGCUUAACCAUGUAUAAAGAGACUGGAUUCAACAAUAGCAAGAUUUUUGAUGCUAAUUCCGAAGGACGAACAGUGGUCACAAGUAACUUUAGCCUGCCGAUCCUUGCUUCCAUCUUGAGAGUGAACCCUCAAGACUUCACAUAUAACUUGAUACGUCUCCGAUUGGAGCUGCUGGGAUGUGACGACAUCGACCAUUGUGCGUCGUCGCCCUGUAUCAACGGAGGGACAUGUCUGAAUGUACCAGACGGCUUCCAGUGUUUGUGCAUCCCAGAAUAUGUCGGGACCCGGUGUCAAGUUUCAAAAUCAUCUUGCAUGCUUCCACUGGGGAUGGCAAGCGGCUACAUUGAAGACAGUCAGAUCUCAGCAUCGACAGAGAAGACUGGGUACGAGUCUUACAAAGGCCGCCUGAACGGUCCCCGUGCCUGGCAACCAGUCCUGGCAGACACUAACCAGUGGUUACAGGUCAACUUUAACAACAGAACCAUCAUCACCGGGAUCCAGACACAGGGUUUGUGGGGAGGGCAUGUCAAGAGCUACAGGCUUCUCUACGGAGAUACAGAGGACGGUCUGACCAUGUACAAAGAGACUGCAGCCAACAGCAGCAAGGUCUUUGAUGCGAAUUCCGAAGGAACAACAGUUGUUAGUCAUGACCUUGACGCACCGAUCCUCACGUCCAUCCUGAGACUGAACCCGAGAGACUUCACAAAUAACUUGAUACGUCUCCGGUUGGAGCUACUGGGAUGUGAAGACGUCGACCAUUGUGCAUCGUCGCCCUGUACUAACGGAGGCACAUGUGUGCAUUUGACUGACAGUUACCAGUGCAUGUGCCCGCCGGAGUACGUUGGAACACAAUGCCAAGUAUCAAAAGCCUCAUGCAUGCUGGCACUGGGGAUGGCAAAUGGUGACAUUGAAGACAGCCAAAUCUCGGCAUCCUCGGAGGUGGCCGGAUACGAGGCUUACAAAGGCCGCCUGAACGGUCCCCGUGCCUGGGAAGCAAACGUCUCCGACACUAACCAGUGGUUACAGGUCAACUUUACCACCAGAACCAUCAUCACCGGGAUCCAGACACAGGGUUUGUGGGGAGGGCAUGUCAAGAGCUACAGACUUCUCUACGGAGAUACAGAGAACGGUCUGUCGAUGUACAGAGAGACUGGGAGCAACAGUAGCAAGGUCUUUGAUGCGAAUUCUGACGGUACGACGGUGGUUACCAACGGCCUUGAUGUGCCGUUUAUCACGUCCAUCUUACGAGUGAACCCACAAGACUUUAAGGGGACUUUGAUACGUCUCCGUAUGGAGGUGCUGGGGUGUGGAGACGUUGUACCUUCAGCAUCAACCCAGUCAGCUGGACUGACAACACAGAGUGCGUAUACAUCAGCUGCCUUAUCCACAUCGCGGACAGUAACGACAGACGACGUGUCAACAGUUUCUCAAACUACAUCUGCUCUGUCGACAACUGGCAAAUCAUCCACACAGCCUACAGUCGCAACAACAUCUGCAACAACUCAGCUAACUUUUCUUCCAUCUACACAAUCGGUCGCUCUCGGUCAGAGUUCAACUGCUUUGACGACAACCACAUUACCAGUUUCUCCGACUACCCCAAGGACAAUUGCACCUCCAGUUGAAACAACGACGGUAAUUGUAGAAACAACAACGGCUGGGACAACAACAGUACCACCUCCAACAACUACAGCAACAGUGCCAACGCAAACAUCACCCAUAGUAGUAACGACAGAUACAACAACAGCAGCACAUCCAACAACUGCGGAAACACCGGCAAAACCAACGACACCCAAGCUAGAAACGACAGCUACAACAAAAGUGACAACACUGCCUCCCAUAGCGACAACAGUAGCUACACGAAUGGUGGAAACGUCACAAACGAUCACAUUGCCAACGUCCGUCAAUAAAAUGACAACGGGAGUUUCAACAUCAACGACAAGGGCGACCAACGCACCACUUCUUGUAAAAACUACAAAACCUGACGACUUGAUCAAGACAACGAAAAGUAGUACUCCUAAGCACACUACAGCGGCUAAAGAGGGUGACAAAGAAGCACAAACAGGCGACAGUGGAGGAGGAGGUAACACCGCGGUGUUCGCUGCUGCAGGAGCCGCAGGAGGAGUAGCGGUCCUGGUCGGAGUGGGAGUCACUGUCUUCAUCUGCAGAAGACGCAAAAUGAAUCCCGAGGCCUCUGGUGUACCCAUGCAACGACUAGAUGCGAGCAACGCUCACAACACAGAUCAUUCGAGUACUGAUGUCGAGAUAGAGAAUCCCCUCUAUGGCGCAAUGGACGGGAUCAAUGCGCUGGGAAUCAACGUGACUGACAGCUCUGCAUGACGAUUUCUUAAUACAGUAAAUACCUCAAGGAAAUCCACACACAAGUUUUGUUAUGACUACGACUUACCCGAAAGACAUCGGUCGUUAAGUGAAACCGUCAUGCCAUUUGGGGCUAACGGUUUAUUUUAAGUACGUAAUAGAUGCAGAUUUUAGACAUGCCUUAGAGGCGUUGCCAAAAAACGCAACGCAUUUUUUUACAAUAUCAUUUACAUCACCCAGUACAUGUGUUAAGCACAGAGAAAAAUAUUCCUGCAAUGUCAGAUUCCGUGCUUGUAAAUUCAUUUAGGUCCGAGACUUUUUCAAUGAUUACAGUGUUUAGAAAAUUUGUUAUAGGCUUUACAAAUAUGAAACCAAAGACAUAUACAGCAAACAGUGCAACUGAUUACCAUUGUAUGUACAUAGCCAUGCUUCAUCUAAGUGUAAAUAACGUACAGAAGAAAAUAAAAUGCCUGCAUGUAAUUUUCUUGUCAAAAUAAUGGUGUACUCGGUAAUUUGCAUGUUAAUAGGAUAACGUGCUAAACCAACAUUAACGUUGAGACAAAAAAUUGUCUUGAUUUGUCUUGAUUAUGGGUAAAAUAAAUACAGACACAAAGGACACUGUUAUUAUCUAAAAACAAAUCCUUUAUUUGACAACUCUCCACUACAAGGAUUGAACAUAAAAUAGUUUUGAUCUUUCACAGUCACAAGAUGGAAAUCCAGCUGCCCGGGGGCAGUACAACUUUCAUGGGUCACGGCCGGAUUUGUGAUCCGAAAUAACAUAAAGUUAAGCAUGAGUGCAAUAUCUGUUUGCUUUUAAUUACACAUUUUGUAUUGGCAAGUGCAUAAAUAGAAUGAUCUGCUAGAGGGCGCUCCAAGCUGAUGUACAGCCUAGCGAUAAUGGC